CCACCUCUCCGCCUCCACCAGUUCGCAGGCGUCUUCCACUUCAAGUUCUUGGUGUCGGACCUUCAAGAACUGCUGUCGGACGGAGCGGACGGAGGCGAAGUCCAGGUGUCGGCGACGGUCGGCGACGCCUACUGGGACGCAACGCAGACCGCUUUCGCUGCGACCCGGAUUUUCAACGCGGCCAUCAAGUUACAGUUCUUAGGAGAGUCGCCGCAAGUUCUUCGUCCGGCCAUGCCCUUCAGGUUCUAUCUGUCCGCCACUCAACACGACGGCUCACGUGUCCCAGAAUGGAGGCUCCUUCGUCACCGCCUGCUCGUGUCUCCUGAGGUGCGGCUGGUGGGCGGGGAGAGGCGCAAACUCCAGGCCCGCACGGUGAAGAUGACCCACGCCCGCUACGCCCUCUGGGAAGCCGAGAUCGACGUGCAUGUGGAAUUGGCGGGGGAGGAGUCACCAUCCAGUGUGGAGUCCCUUUGGCUGGAGGCUGAGCUGAAGGACGCCGCGGGGGGACGCUCUAGGACCUCCCUGGUGACCGUAGCGCACCACUCACCCAGGGGACACCACCUCCAGGUCACCACCAGCACGCGGGCCCCCAAGGUCGGGGAGUACGUCAUUCUGCACGUGAGGAGCAACUAUUACCUCGACAAGUUCCGCUACAUCCUCCUCAGCAAAGGCAUGGUGAUUGAAGCCGGCCAGCAGACUAUGGAGGCCUCCCUCAAGACCUUCCCCCUGCCGUUAACCCCUGAGGUGGCCGGCGUCGCUACUGUCGUCGUUUACACCAUUGGGCGGGACGAGACCCUGGUCGCUGAUGCCCUGACCUUCCCCGUGGACGCCCUCACCAGGAAGGGGCUGCACGUGGCACUCCGGCAGGACCCCAGGGAUGCGGAGAAGCUGAAGGUGACGGUUCUGGCACUCCCGGGCAGCAGGGUGUCACUUGCCGGCACUCACUGGGAAUCGUACAGCAUGCAAGCCGGGAAUGACCUGACCCAUGCUAAGGUCCUGUACCAGAUGGCGCGGGACUCCUCCAGGGUGGUGCAGGAACCCCUUGAGCAGCGGUGGGUCUCGCAGGAUGGCCUACCUGAGAAUAUCCUGCACCUCCCACGCACAUCCCCCGGCAUAGACCCCAACGCGACCUUUACGUACGCCGACUUGCUGGUGCUCUCCGAUGGCCCUGUGCCGACGCUGGGGGCCGUGUGUGGCAGUGGGGGUGCUAGCCGGGGUCAGUGCCUGCUAGGGGGGUGCUACACGGCUGUCGAGCGCUGCGAUGGGAAACCGGACUGUCUGGACCGCGUAGAUGAGAAGGGAUGCGGAAUACGCGGUGCCGAGGAGGAAAACCUAGCCUGGUACCGUCAACACCGCACCAGCCGCCUCUCACGCCACUACGCACCGCCCUGGCUCUGGGAGGAGGUGGUCGUCGGCAACACAGGCACGGCUUCCCUCACAGUGCCCAUCCCACCUGGCCCUGUACACCUGGCACUCUCAGCAUUCAGCCUUCACCCCGAGCAAGGCAUGACAAUCCUUCCCGAGCCUGUGCAAUGGGAAGGGUCCGUCGGGUUUUGGAUGUCAGUAGAAGGGCCGUCCAGAGUGGGGUUAUACGAGCAGGUGGGUGUGCGCGUGACGGCAGUGAAUCACGGCUUGGACCGGGUCAGUGCUGUGGUGGUGCUUGCCAACAGUGCUGAUUACAAGUUUGUGGACGUCAAUGCCUUCCAGCAGCCCCACACCAGCCAGGGGAGGGAGAGCCGCAUGGUGAGUGGGGAGCAUGAGCAUCGCGUCUGGGUGGAGGCUGGGGAGGCGCACACACUCUACCUCCCCAUCGCCCCUACGCGCCUUGGGGAGGUGGUGGUGCUGGUACAAGCCUCGCUACCCUACCGUAAGCUGCAGAAGGAGGUGAAGAUGCUGGUGGAGCCUCUCGGGGCCGUCCAGGAGCACCACACCUCCAUGCUUCUGGACCUGAGUAACCGCGCCUAUUUCUUCACCUUCCUGGACGUCAACACCUCCGAGGGCCUGGUGCCGGGGUCUGACGAGGCCCACGUGUCUGUCUUCGGGGACACGGUUGGCGCUGUGCUCCUCCCCUCCACCCCCGCCACGCCUGACAAGCUGCUCGGACUACCCACAGCAGGGUGUGAGCCAGUGGCCUUCAGCUUCCUCCUAACGGUGGUUCAGCUGCGAUAUUGGCGGGAGAUGGCCCAGCAGCCGCCCCUCGACGAGAAGCAGGUGUUCCGGCAGCUCUCCCUCCUCUACCAGACGCUCCUUGUCUAUCAGAACAGGGACGGGGGCUUCAAGUACUUCAGGACGAGUCAGAGGAGUUCCGUGUGGGUGACGAGUCUGGUGCUUCGGGCGCUUAACGAGGUAUCCGUCACCUGGCCGCACCUUCUCUACAUCGACCCACAGGUGACCGACAAGGCUCUCAGGUUCGUCUUGGCCCAGCAGGCACCACACGGGGCCUGGCAGGAGCCCAGCGGAGAGGUGGGCGACCGCAAGCUGGUACCGGCCCUGUACUCCCUCACCGGCGCCACCACACAUGCCCUCAACCUGUCCACCACGGCACACACCAUGAUCGCCCUCCACGCCCUCAAGGAGCUGCCCUCGCCGCUGGACGAACAGGUGCUAGCAGCCAUAACCAGAGCUCGGGGGUGGCUUGAGGAUAACCUGGUGCUCGUAGAACAAGCGUCGCGGCCCUUGGAGGUGUCGCUGGUGGCCCUGGCUCUCCACCUGUCCUCCUCCAAGCGUGCCGAGUCUGCCUUCGAGUUUUUGACACGUAAUGCUCGACAGGAAGGUCCCGGCGUUCCCGACGGCGUGACAGCUGUCAAAUACGUGUACUGGGGUGAGGAUCUUGUACCCUUGCCCUCGUAUCGCGUUGAGUCCCAGCGGCCGCACCUUCAGCCCCGCCGCCAGCAUCGCCACGACGCCGGUAAUGUCGCCGCCACAGCCUACGCCCUCCGCCUGUACUCCCUGCGCAGCGAACUUAUGACGCCGAGUAUUAUGCGAUGGUUGCAGUCACAGCGCUCACAUGAUGGGGGAUGGAUGUCGACGCAGGACACAUUGGCAGCAUGGGAGGCGCUCUACGAGUACUCGCGUCGUGAGGGCAACGCUCGGGACACCAGGCUGACAGUGACGGUGGAGCCUCUACAUGACCACUCCCAGGCCCGGACAUUCUUCAUCACGCCUGACAAUUUCCUCCACCUUCAGACACAACAGGUGGAUGGGCACUGGGGCAGCGUCCGCGUUCAGGGCAAAGGUCGCGGGUCGGCAGUCCUCCAGCUGACCUCCAAGUACCACGUAGCUGACCUCCACCACCUGACCUCACCGCCAACGCCCGCCUUCCGCCUCAUGACCCGAGCGACCUGGCACGGACACAACGGCUCGGCUCUGACCUUUGCGACCUGUGUCCGGUGGAUGUUCCGGGAGGGCGGCGACAACUCUGGGGUGGCGGUGCUGGAGGUGACGGUGCCCACAGGUUACGGCACAUCGGCGGAGGCGCUGCGGAGGCUGGUGGUGGAGGGGAAGGUGCCGAACCUGCGCCGGGCGGACUUCACGGAACGGAGGAUUACUUUCUUCUUUGAAAAGCUCACGGGCAGCAAGACGUGUGUGGAGUUCUCGGUGGAGCGCUGGUUCCCCGCCGCCAACCUGACCAGAGUGUUGCCCGUCAAGGUGUACGAAUACUACUCCCCAGAACUCUUCGAGGUGGAGCUGCUGGAAAUGUCAUCCGUGGCGCUGGACAUCUGCCAAGUCUGCGGGUCAUACCAAUGUCCAAACUGCCCCGUGCUCUCCUACUAUAGCAGCCCCGCCCCGCCCCGGCCCGCCCCACCACCCCAAUGGCUCUGGCUCACCCUGGGUCUCCUCUGGGCACCCUUCUGGCUCCCCCUGAGUUGAGGCACUGCAUGGGGAGAGUGCCGGUGAUGUGAUGUUGUUGCCGCUAAUGUCACUUGAGGGAUUGUUGUUCUGGCUGUUUUGUGCUGUCCUGGUUAUGUUGUUUUUGUGUUGUCCUUGUUGUUCGAUGUCCCUUUCUGCGUCAUUCAUCCGUUCUGCAAUCCUAGCCGUUGUCGUUCGAUCGGUCUUAGUACGGCAUUCAUUCAUCCUUCAAUCCUCACCUUUGUCUUAUGAUCGCUCUUACUUGUCAUCCAUUCAUCCAUCGUUUAAUCCCUGUCUUUGUUUUUUUAUCUCUCUCUCUCUCUACUUCAUUCAUCCGUUCAUCUGUUCUAUCCUUGCCUUUGUCUUACGAUCACUCUUACUUGUCAUCCAUUCAUCCAUCCUUCAGUCCUUGUCUUUGUUUUUUCAUCUCUCUCUCUCUACUUGACUCAUCCGUUCAUCCGUUCUAUCCUUGCCUUUGUCUUAUGAUCACUCUUACUCGUCAUCCAUUCAUCCAUCGUUCAAUCCUUGUUUUGUUUUUUUCUCUCUCUCUCUCUCUCUCUCUACUUGACUCAUCCGUUCAUCCGUUUUUCUAUCCCUGUUUCUACGCUAAUCUCUGUCUCUUGUUUGCUGUUUUUUUCAUUGUUUUCUAUUUCCCUUCCUUGUAGUUCAUCCAUCCAUCCGUUUCUCUAUCCUAUCCGCUCUAUUGGUUGCAUUCAUUCCUGUUUCUAUGCUCUUCUUCAACCAUAUAUCCAUUCUUCUAUCCCUGUUUGCUGUUUUUUUCAUUGUUUUUCUAUUUCCCUUCCUAGUAAUUUAUCCAUCCAUCCGUUUCUCUAUCCUAUCCUCUCUUGGUUGUGUCAUUCCUGUUCCUACGCUCUUCUUCAACCAUUUAUCCGUUCUUCUAUCCCUGUUUAUUCAUUUUCUUUCUUAUCUCCUUUUCUUGUACUUCAUCAAUCCAUCAAUGUCUCUAUCCUAUCCCCUCUUGGUUGCUUUCAUUCCUGUUCCUAUGCUCUUCUUCAACCAUUUAUCUGUUCAUCCAUUCUCUCCUCUUCCUCAUUCGUGUUUCUCCUUGUUCCGUUCCGCUUCCAUCCAUCCCUCAGACCCACAAACCCGUUCAUUCUUUAUCUCAUUUUGCUGUUCAUGUUAAAAGAGUUUGGUCACAUAUACGGAGAAAUCAUGUCCUUCAUUAAGAGACGAGGAGCUAGAGGGAUCAGAACAUACUCGUAAUACCUUCCCGGUGUGAUCCAGUAUCCAUAGACCUCACUCGCAUAGACCGAAGAGGUGUUGAUCCUAAGACUCACAUAACAGUUGCUUCGUAUGGGUUAAGUAUAUACACGAAAUUCACAUGUAUUAGGAUUUUAUAUGAAUUGUUUGCUGUACUUGGUUUCUCUCUUAGUCAAAUGUUCAGUCAGUCAAUCAUUCAGUCAGUCAUUCAGUCAACCAGUCAAAUGUUCAGUCAGUCAGUCAUUUAGUCAACCAGUCAAAUGUUCAGUCAGUCAGUCUUUUAGCCAUUUUGUCAGUCAACCAAUCAGCUGUUCAGUCAAUCAUUCAGUCAGUCAGUCAGUCAGUCAACCAAUUAGCUAUUCAGUCAGUCAUUCAGUCAACCAAUCAGUCAGUCUUUUAGCCAUUCUGUCAGUUAACCAAUCAACAGUUCAGUCAAUCAUUCAGUCAGUCAGUCAUUCAGUCAACCAAUCAGCUAUUCAGUCAGUUAUUCAGUCAACCAAUCAGUCAGUCUUUUAGCCAUUCUGUCAGUUAACCAAUCAGCAGGUCAGUCAAUCAUUCAGUCAACCAAUCAUUCAGUCAGUCAGUUCUUCAGUCAACCAAUCAGCUAUUUAGUCAGUCAGUCAGUCAACUAAUCAGCUAUUUAGUCAGUCAUUCAGUCAACUAAUCAGCUAUUCAGUUAGUUGUUCAGUCAAUCAAUCAGCUAUUCAGUCAGUCAGUCAUUCAACCAAUCAUUCAGUUAUUCAGUCAGUCAUUCAGUCAACCCAUCAUUCAGUUAGUCAGUCAGUCAGCCAGUCAACCAGUCAACCAAACAGUCAGUCAGUCAGUCAGUCCUGUGUAAUUCCUGCCAGAGAUAGAAGGGUGGAGCUUUAGCUAAACAUAGGGGUGGUGGUGGUGGUGGUGGUGGUGAGGAGGGUGGUGGAGUUUCAAAUGGAUGCAGUGGUGAUGGUGGUGGUGGUGGUGGUGGUGGAGCAAUGACAUGACGGAGGUGCAGGUGGAGUUGAAAUGGUAUUGAGGUGUUGAAGGAAGCGGAGAUAGUCAAGUUCGGUGAUGGUGGUGGUGGUGGUGGCCGGCAGUCAUGGUUGUGCGUUGACGAGGGCGUAACCAUCUAUAUACCCAGACCGAGACUACUGUAUAGGAGCCGAGGGAAUAAAUGCUAGUCAGGAUUUUUAGAGUAAUAUAUAUGCUUGUGUGACAGUGUGUGCUCGUAUGUAUGGAUAUUAAGGAUGUGUGUAUGUAUAUGUGUAUCUGUGUGUGUGUGAGACGCUAUAAGUUAAGCAUAAAGACAAGCUGUGAAUGUCCCCUUAAGAGCUGGGUUACGAUUGGUCGCUGUGAAUGUUCCCCUUAAGAGCUGGUCGCUGUGAAUGUUCCCCUUAAGAGCUGGUCACUGUGAAUGUUCCCCUUAAGAGCUGGUUGCUGUGAAUGUCCCCUUAAGACCUGGGUUACGAUUGGUCGCUGUGAAUGUUCCCCUUAAGAGCUGGUCGCUGUGAAUGUUCCCCUUAAGAGCUGGUUGCUGUGAAUGUCCCCUUAAGACCUGGGUUACGAUUGGUCGCUGUGAAUGUUCCCCUUAAGAGCUGGUCGCUGUGAAUGUCCCCUUAAGACCUGGGUUAUGAUUGGUCGCUGUGAAUGUUCCCCUUAAGAGCUGGUUGCUGUGAAUGUUCCCCUUAUGAGCUGGUUGCUGU